GGCCUUCGAUCAGCGAUCAGAGCCAUUGACCGAGCGGAGAAGACCGAGUAAAAGUCGGCCUUUUCUUCGUUUUCUAUUUAUCUUUCGGUCUUUCCUUUCAAAUUUUCUGAUUCUACUCGCGUCACUCCGUCGUCUCGUUUCUUCUUACGCUGAUGCGUCACCGAAGAACCAGAAGAACGGAGUUUAUAGAGCUUACGAUUGUAAUUUCCGAGUUGAAGAGAACAAUUAAGAGGUGUGUUAUACAGCUUAAUUGAGAGUUCAUUCCCUCAGCUGGAUGAGGGACAAUGAGUUGAGGCACUGAAUUGAAGACAUCGCUAACUAAAUUUUGGCUGUGAAGUUUGAUGGCGAGCACUAUCCCCCAGCUGCGUUUGGUUCGGUGCCCUAAAUGCCGUAAGGUUCUUACAGAAAUUCCGGGGAUUACUCUAUAUAAAUGCGGUGGAUGUGGUGCCACUCUUCAAGCCAAAGUGCGUUCAAGUAGUGGAGAAGUUUUGAGUUCAGCAUCAGCCCCUGGCAGCUCCAAGCACAUAUCAGAUAGUGGUUCCCAAGGCAAUCAAAAAGAAAACUUUGAAAAGCAAACUCCAUCUUCUUUAGAUCUUCCUGAAGAUCAAGAUCAAGCUUUGACAGAGAGUACUAAAGUUUCUGGGUCUAGUGGUGAAAGGAAUGUUCAAGAAGACUCUAGAAAUGGGAUGAAGACUAAACUAUCUGAUUCAGAUGGUGGAAGUUUGAAAGACAAGGCUAAAUCCACAGUACAGGAAAAUAAUGGUGUCAAAGGGAUAACUUUGGAGAAAGAGAACCGGAUGGAACUGAAGAAAUCUUCUGAUCAGGAAAUUCCAGCAGCCAAUAACAGUUUGAAGUCAAGUGAGAAACUUGAAGAAUCUCCAGAAUCUCUUGAGCAUGAUAGUUCCUCCGAGGAUAAUAAAAUAAAUGGGAAGUUCAGAAUGAAUUCAAGCUUCUUAUUGAGAAGUAGCUCUCAUGCUUAUGAAGGCGGUGACUCCUCCACUGAUGAAGAGCGAAGAAAACAAAUUCCUCAUAAGUAUCUUGAGUUAUCCAGAAGAACAUUUGGAAAAAGAACAUCCUCAGUUUUCAGUGGUAAAGCGACUUCUAGAGAUGGUGUACAGGCAAGAGAGAGAGACUUCUCGUUUGUCUCUGAAGAUUUUAAAUCUGCGCUGAACUGGAUGGAAUCAGAAAAGGAAGCGCCUUCAGUAUGUAAAUCAAAGGAUACCAAACGUUUUGUCAAAUUUAGAUACUCUGAAAAAGAUGAUAAAGUAAAAAUCAUAAGGAAAGUUGAUGAACUGAAAAGUGAACUCCUUGAUUUUUUCCAUAGAUCAGCCAAUGCCAAAGACAAUUCUCGACUUGGCCUAACGGCACAUUUUGAGGGAAAGAUUCCACCAAAACAGUAUCGAUCAUCGUCCCUUAUUCCUCUCUCCGCACAACCCAUCUCUUCCUGCUUGAAUCCCCACCAUGGAGGCAUUUGCUGUCACAAUGAACACUGCAGGCUCUGCCCUCACAAGGCCUGUUGCCGUUUGCCUGAAAGCACCACAAGUCAUCCUCUUCACAUGAAACGCUACAGUCCAUCUCACCAAGAGCCACAAAAUCUGCAAUCCAAUGAUAAAAAACCACAGCCAGUUAAGCGCCAUUGCCGACCAGUUUCCGGUGGUGCACCAUUUGUCAUUUGCUACAGAUGCUACAAGCUUCUCCAACUGCCUGCAGAUUUUCUUGUGUCAACAAAGAGGGUUCAUAAGCUUCGCUGUGGUUCUUGUCAUGAAGUUCUAAGGUACUUCUUCAGAGCGAGAACUCGUUCGAUGCCUUGGACUCCUGCGGAAGCCCGUCAUCCACCAAGCGAAGAAGAGAAAAAUAAAGUUUUGAAUGAUGAGAUCAGGAUUCCAGUUAGUAAUGGCUUAUCAGGAGGGGAUCCGGUUUCAUAUUCUGAAGACUACGGCAUUUCUUUUGGUCAGAGCUAUUCUUAUGAGGCUGAACCUUCUCGGCACCUCCAUAGAUAUGAUAGCAUUGUGGAAGAAGAAGAUAGUGGUAAAGAAGUGAGGAGUUCGCAGUUGCAUAAACUUAUGGGCUAUUCUUCAGCUCGCUAUCUUCUCUUUGAGACUCUCAGCCCUGGUGAAGGCCAUCGAAUAGGACAUGACAGAUAGAAUAGAACUUUGAAGGGGAAAACUGAGCAAGGAGAUUUUGAGAACGAAGCUUGCUCUUCUUCCCUUUGAUCACAGCUCAAAAUUUUGGAGAUGGACGACAAUUUUUUUUUUUUAUGACAGACCUUAGUGUUUAUUGUUUAGGACAUAGAGCAGGGCUUAAUUUUUAUGUAGUUACUAUGAUUGUUUGUAUUCAUUUGUAUGAUAAAUAAGCCUUCUUCUGUGAGGCUAUUAAAUGAAGAGUAAUACCUUCCUUCCCAAAA